GUGUGUGAGAGAGAGAGGAGAGAGAGUAAAGAACAAUCGUAGGAUCCCGUUCAUCUGCGCAAGAGCGCAAGGAUUUAAAGGGCAAGUCUUCCUGACUCAGACUUAAUGGAUGUUUCCGUUGCAUGAAGAUUUUUUUUUUUUUUUUUUUGGUGGAUCAGGAUGGAGCUGUUCAUUGUGAAAGGAUUACUUUUGGGUUUGUUGCCGAGUUGGUCUGUGCGCGCGCCUGCACCGAUCUGAAAAAUCGGUGGUGAUCAAGGGUUCUGUCUGAUCAAGAGUGUGUUAAUCCUGUUCUGGAUGUGAAUCUAACGGCUCUCCAGGAAUGCACAGGACUCAAGCAAGCCUAUAAAUCAACUUUCUUAUGUUCAUGUUUUUGCAGACUUCAGGCUGCACGCGGCACCGGGUUUUAUCUUGUCGGCACUGAUGCGCCGUGACAGCGUCGCCACUUUGUUGCAGAACUGCCACGAUCGCCGACUCUAAUGUUGUGCGCCGGCCAGGAAGAAAGCGCCCGCGGCUGUGCGUCCAGGCACGGAGCCUUGAUGUCGGAUACCGUGCACGAGCAUCGUCGGGAUCGGGAACAGACGUAGGACGCACACACCGACGCGCGCGCGCGCGCACACACACACUGACACACAAAGCGCGCAUGAGAAGCGGUUAAGGUGUCGUAUGUUCAGGACGAGACGCGGCGCUCUGGUGCGGCGACUCUGGAGAAGCCGUUUGAUCGCGGACGGACAGGAGGCCGAUGGAGGAGGCAGCAAGAGCGGCGACAAUCCGGAGAACAUCUCCCAAACAGAGCCUCGGGCUGUGGGAAACUCCAGGGGAUCCAGCGACACCCUGGCUCUGGUGGAAAAUGCAGGAUCAGAGCUUGUUUUAGACCAAGAAGGCAUCCAGGUGGACAUGUGCGUCCAGGAACAGCGUGGACUCCCUCCAUGGGAGGACAGCGACAGCGGGACAGUGACCUGCUGUUGGUUUAAAGAUCUCCAUCGAAGCAAAAGUGACCUUUCAGAAUCUGAUCGAGACCACGGUGCUGCCGAGUCGAGAACUCGUAGAACGUUACUGGAGCAAGAACUUCAGAGGUGUGCCUAUGCGCUCCUGAAAAAGUUGAAGGAGAAACCUUUGGGCGUCUUGUUGGAGGCAGUGGAGUCCAAAGGCGCCGUGUUGGGCGGUUGCGUUGGAGCUCCUCAGGCCGAGCUGCACGUCGGAGGUCGUGCUGUGUCUCCUCAAUACCUGCUGUGUAGGUUUUUCCGCUGGCCUGACCUGCAGCUCGCUUCCCCGCUCAAAGCACUGUGCUGCUGUGAGAGUUUCAGGGCGCCAGGCGGUGAGGCGCCAUGCUGCAACCCCUAUCAUUACAGCCGCCUUUGUGGACCAGAUUCUCCCCCUCCUCCCUAUUCACAGCUCUCUCCCAAACUAGGACAGGAGUCUCUGGUUCCUAUACAUCCAGUGUUGCCUUAUACUGAGAUUGAGGCGACUGGGUCACCCAGCAGCACAUCCGGGGGUCACUCAGAUACCAGCACGUCUCCCUCCUCGCUUGGACGCACUCACUGGUGUAAUGUAGCGUACUGGGAGCACCGGAUGCGUGUGGGCCGCCUGUAUCCGGUGUACGACUCCUCCCUCAGCAUCUUCUAUGACCUACCUCAGGGCACGGGCCUGUGCCUGGGCCUGCUGCCCAACAUGGGCCGCGCCAGCUCAUCAGUUCAGCGUGCACGCGCCAAGAUCGGCCACGGUAUCCUGCUGAGCCGAGAGACUGACGGCGUGUGGGCCUACAACCGCAGCCAGCACCCCAUCUUCAUCAACUCACCCACCCUGGAGCUCCCCCGCUGCCGCAGCCCUACUGUCACGAGGGUAAUGCCAGGCUACUCGGUUAAGGUUUUCGACUACGAGAAGUCAUGCCAAAUUGGGCACCUGACACACUCGGAAGGGCCAUACGAUCCAAACAGCGUGAGGAUCAGCUUUGCUAAGGGCUGGGGGCCAUGCUACUCGAGACAGUUUGUCACGUCAUGUCCUUGCUGGCUGGAGAUUCUGCUCAACAACCACAGAUAGCACACACACACACACACACACACACACACACACACACACACACACACACACACACACACACACAGUGGCCAUUUACCUAAUCAUGCUUAUUUCUCUCUCUCUCUCUAUCUCUCUCUCUGUCUCUCACACACACACACACACACACACACACACACACACACACACACACACACACACACACAGGCACACAAAUACAUUCACAAUCCCAAAAUGUAAUCUAUCUAGAUUUAAUAUAAAGUUUUAUAUAUACAUAUUAUAUAAAGGACAUUAUACUUGUAAAUAAUGAGUCCUUUUUACAGUGUAAUUAUUUAUGUAUGGUGCAAUGUGUAUAUGGACGUGAGGAAAAACAAGAUGAUCAGGUGAUGCACUUUGGAUUCUGUAUGCUCACAUGGAAUCUUUGCCAUUUUUACUAACGGAUGUGUACAGAAACCCUGGUUUUGGUGUAUAAUUUUCAUAUACGAUCAAUAUCCAGAAAAAAAAAAAAAAGUACCAUGGACGCAUUCAUAAUAAAGUAUUCCUCAGAUA